AUGCAGUGCAUAUACCAACAACAAUUUUGUCAUGAGAACGUGUCAGAGAUCGGACAGAAACAACAAGGCGAUGAUUCAGGCCAUACCGAUUUACAAAGCCUAGACUACGUUGUGGCUACUGAGUCUAUGAGUACCUCUUUUGACUUUAAUGAUGUGAUGGUUGACUGGGCGGUACCAUUGAACACGCUCUCGGCAUCUCAGCCGAUUACAUCUUAUGAAGAUAUAUCGUUCUGGAAUAUCUCUAGCGAUCUCCGAAUGAGCAUGGUACCAAAAUCACUUAGUGCUAAAGGAGAUUUGACUCGUGUACCCCGUCGUCUGUCAAACUUACAGCACGCAUCACGUAUCGUUAUGCAGAUGCUUUACGCAUACCCUCAAAUGAUGCUUCGUCGGCAAACAUUUCCACAAUUUAUUCAUCCUCACUGGCAUCAACAGCAUCUCCCGGAGGCGCUCAGUAACUGUAUGGGUAUUGCCCAGCUCUUUGCAUCGAGAACGCCCGAAACUGGGCCAUUUUUAUGGAAGACGAUAAGCGCGGAGCAGAACCGCCUCCAAGAGAAGCUGUGUACAUUCACCCCUUUGGAGGUUCACUUGUGUCUACAGGUCAUGAUCAUCUACAUGAUUAUGGCGAUGAGCGAUUCCGACACAGAUAAUAAGGAGCGGAUUACGACAUUAUUUGAAACAGUCGAGAUUAUCGGAUCGCGCUUCCUCGACCUCACAGGUUGUUACUCUAACUCAGAGGUGAGCGAACCCAGCGCGACAUGGGAGGCGUGGAUUUUUGCCGAAUCACGUCGCCGCAUGUCCUGCCUGUGGCUGGUAAUAAGCUGCGUCAUCACCAUUGAGAACGGCCGAACAUGCAGCCGCUAUGGUGCAUUGGAAAGUCUUGCACUACCAUCAAGCAAAAUGCUUUGGGAAGCGCGAACACGGGAGGAAUGGCAAAUGGAAAAGAAUGUCUUUGAUACUGGCUGUGCUGUGGUUACUUUGGGUGAGCUUGUCGACGCAAUGACAAGCCCGGGGGGUUCAGAUACAAGGCAGAAAUUACAAAAUUGGCAAACUGGGAGUGAUAAUUUAGCUGCAAUGUUGAAUGUUGCUGUUGAAUUUGUCUGGGGUCAGGUUUUAUAA